GCAGUUCCUGCGAAUCACAUGACAGCUCGAGAGUCUCCUGACUUGCUCCUACCGAUUGUUUUCUCGUCCAGUUAUUAUUGCUGAAAUAAGAUGGCGGCAGAGAGGGAGCCUCCACCGAUGGGAGAAUCUGGGCAGACUGACUUCAGGGAAGUAGAGGAGGCUGAGGAUCUUUUUGUCAGCACGGCUUCAACGCUCGAGUCCAGUCCGUCAUCCCCGGAACCGUCAAGCUUGCCUGCUGAGGAGGUCACCACCAACUCCAACGGGCCCAAGCCAGCAGAGAUCUUACUGGACGAUGAGCCAGAGGACCUGUUUGCUGAGGCCACAGAAGAAGUCUCCCUGGACAGUCCGGAAAGGGAGCCCAUCCUGUCCGAUGACCCCUCGCCCGCCAUCACCCCGGUGACCCCCACAGCGCUCAUCACUCCCCGGGUCGAGCCCAAGAUCGUCUCCGUCCCCGCCAUGUUCGAGAGGUCCUUGGACGAGGCGGAAGAGGAAGCAGAUGGAGACACAUUUGACAUGCAGAUUGCGGUGUCCGAUCCAGAGAAAGUUGGGGAUGGGAUGAAUGCUUACAUGGCAUAUAAAGUAUCAACAAAGACAUCACUGUCCAUUUUCAACGUGAAUGAAUUCUCAGUCAAGAGGCGGUUCAGCGACUUCCUGGGACUGCAUAGCAAGCUAGCCUCCAAGUAUAUGCAUAUAGGAUACAUAGUUCCGCCCGCACCAGAGAAAAGCAUUGUGGGGAUGACGAAGGUGAAGGUUGGAAAGGAGGAUCCGUCAUCUGCGGAGUUUGUAGAGAAACGAAGAUCAGCUUUGGAAAGGUAUCUGAUGAGAACAGUGAAGCACCCCAUUCUGUUACAAGACCCUGAUGUGAUACAGUUUCUGGAAAAUUCUGAGCUGCCGCGCGCGGUUAGCACCCAGGCGCUGAGCGGCGCCGGACUAUUGAGGAUGGUAAACAAAGCCGCCGACGCCGUCAACAAAAUGACAAUCAAGAUGAAUGAAUCGGAUGUGUGGUUCGAGGAGAAGCAGCAGCAGUUUGAGAACCUGGAUCAGCAGCUGAGAAAACUGCACGGAAGUGUGGAGGCCCUGGUCCUACACCGGAAAGAGCUGUCGCUGAACACGGCCUCCUUCGCCAAGAGCGCGGCCAUGUUGGGGAACUCGGAGGACCACACGGCGCUGUCGCGCGCGCUGUCGCAGCUGGCCGAGGUGGAGGAGAAGAUCGACCAGCUGCACCAGGAGCAGGCCUACGCCGACUUCUACCUGUUCUCUGAGCUGCUCGGGGACUACGUCCGCCUCAUCACCUCGGUGAAGGGCGUGUUCGACCAGCGCAUGAAGACCUGGUCCAAGUGGCAGGACGCCCAGGUCAUGCUGCAGAAGAAGCGGGAGGCCGAGGCCAAGCUUCAGUUCGCCAACAAGCCGGACAAGCUGCAGCAGGCCAAGGACGAGAUCAAAGAGUGGGAGGGCAAAGUGCAACAGGGAGAGAAGGACUUUGAGCUGAUUUCCAAAACCAUCCGCAAAGAAGUGGGGAGAUUUGAGAAACAGAGAGUGAAGGACUUCAAAGCUGUUAUAAUUAAAUAUCUGGAGUCGCUAGUGCACACACAGCAGCAGCUCAUAAAAUACUGGGAGGCAUUCUUACCUGAAGCCAAAGCGAUCGCAUAAACAGAACCGCCGUUUGUAAACCAGGCCUUGCUGAUAACCCCCCCACCACCACCCACCCACCUCCACCUUUUACGUUUACGUCCGAAUCGCACACUUUAAAAAAGAAGAUGCACGGAAAAGAAAAAUCGAGAUCGCCGCCCAAAAUGCACCACUACACAUUUUUCUCAGUUGCUCACUUCUCCUCCGUCCUUAUUUUUUGAGGUUUUUUUUUUUUUGCCCUGAGCACCAUGAAGGAGUCACUCACGCUCUUGAUUUGCAGCCCGAAGACUGUGGCUGGGCGUCCUGGACCUCGCUCGAAUCGACACUACUGCUUUCGUCUUAUCACCAGUAUGAUUCUUUUUUUAAAACUCUCCGUCACUUAACGUGCAAUGUUUGAGUCUUUGGAAAUUUCAUUUGAUUUUUUUUUUUUUUUUAAAGCUUUUGUCUAAAAAAGUUUUUUUUUAUUUUUAUUUUUUUUAAGUUUCGUUUAAUGUUGACUAUACAUUCCUGUACAGAAAACAUUUGAUUACUAUGAUACUAAUAAAGGAAUGUGCCCCAGAAUAA